AUGAAUGAAUUCGUUUCGAUAAUUCCAGCCAUUGAUCGUGCGACAUUAUGGCAGAGGUGUACGGAGUUGGGUUCGUUCCCUACAACUGACGGCGACGUAAAUAACAUCUUUGGUUCAGUUGUUUCGAUAGAUUUCUAUGCUGACCUAUGUCAAGUGUUUGGUGAGGAGUUCAAUGCCGAAUAUAUUGAGAAGGCUGUUGAGAAAACUGUGCAGUACUAUGGUGGUGCUGAUGGAUACAACGGUACAAAUGCCGUGAUUUCCAACGGCGCAUCCGACCCAUGGCACUUGUUGAGCAAACUCUCAUCAGAGGAUCCUACCGUAGUAACGCACCUAAUCAAGGGUGGUUCUCAUUGCGGCGAUAUGUUCCCGUUCGAAUUCAGCAAUGCACCAGAUGCUGCAGCAGGAACGAAGCUGAUACACCAGCUUAUUGCUCAAAAUAUCGACAGCUGGAUUUCGGGUGUUGCAAGCCCAUUCAAAAUUGCUGCCAGACAUACCAGCGGAAUUCGAGACCGGAUAUUUCACACAGCCCGUGGACCACUUCGACAACAAGAACCCGUCCACAUUUGACCAGAGAUACUUCAAAAACGAGCAAUGGGCAAAACCAGAUGGUCCAAUAUUCCUAAUGCUUGGCGGUAACUCACCAAUUCAUGCUCAAUGGGUUCUCAAUGAGAACUACACCUACUUGAAAUGGGCGAAGAAGUUCGGAGCAACAGUAUAUCUUCUCGAACACAGAUACUAUGGUGAAAGCGAUCUUAAGACACCGUGGAUGGAAUCCACUGACAUAACUCUGAAGCUCACCUACACGACCCACCUCUCAUCGCGACAAAUGCUUCACGACGUGGCUAACUUCAUACGAAACGUUGACGCUGAGAAUGGUAAACAAGGAAAAUGGAUACUGUUUGGUGGAUCUUAUGCAGGAUCUCUAGCCCUUUGGAUGCGCAAACUCUUUCCCGAUCUGGUUUAUGGAGCUGUUGGUUCUUCGGCACCUCUGGAAGCUAAAAUGGAUUUCCAUGAAUAUUACCAAGUGGUUGAAGCAUCAAUCCGUAGCUACAGUGAGGAUUGCGCGUAUACCAUAGGAGAGGGCUUCGAGGAAAUACAUGAUAGAAUGCUUACGAAAGAUGGGCGGCACGAAGUUUCAAAUACAUUCUCGCUCAACCCUCCAUGGGACGAUGUCUCCGAUGUUUUUGAGAUAGAUAAGCAGUUCUUCUUCUGGAACCUUCUAGAGAAGUUUGCAGCAGCUGUUCAAUACGGUGUAGACAAUUUCGGGGUAAGCACUUCAAGUUGA